UUGGAUCAGGAGACUUCGGCUCCGCUCGGAGAAACAGCACCGGAGUGUAUGGUGGAGAACCGUUUCAUUUUUUUUACCUGUUUCUGAGGACCGGCUGUAUGAUUAAGCUACAAUCUUCAAUGAGUAAGCAUAUCCCAUUCUGUGGUGUUCUGGGUCACACAUUUAUGGAGUUUCUGAAGGGCAGUGGGGACUACUGCCAGGCUCAGCACGCUGCCUAUGCAGACGAGUGAACUGCCAAACUCGCCAUCGAUCCGAAGCACUUGAGCCACAGGAGGGACCCCGGCAGGAAACUUGGCAGGACCGGGACGCCUCCCAGAACCAGCGAGAACUCGGCCUGGAUGGGGUAACUCCACCCGCUGCACACUGCCCUCGUCGGCUUCCGCCUGGCCCGUAUCAAGGUGGAACCAGCCUUGUUUUUUUUUCUUCCUUUUCUUUUGUUUUCAACUGAGACGGUUUUGAGUUCUGAUUGUACGCCCUUUUUUUCGGCCAACUCUCUAAAUUCGCCUCUCGCAGCCUUUUUUAAUUUUGCCAACAUCGAAGAAGACCGGAGGAUCUCUGGGUUUCUAGAAGCUCGUUGGACCUUUUAGUUUGACAUUCCCUCCGAGUUUAACUCCGUGUUUACAUCAGUGUUUUUACUCUGUGGAAGGUUUUUUUUUUUUACGUCACAAUGGCUCGAAUGAACAGACCGGCCCCUGUGGAGAUCACCUACAAAAACAUGAGGUUCCUCAUUACCCACAAUCCCACCAACGCCACCCUGAACAAGUUCAUCGAGGAGCUGAAGAAAUAUGGAGUGACCACCGUCGUGAGAGUGUGUGAGGCCACCUAUGACUCCACUCUGGUGGUGAAGGAGGGAAUCCAGGUUCUGGAUUGGCCGUUUGACGACGGAGCCCCCCCCUCCAACCAGAUCGUGGACGAUUGGCUGAACCUGCUGAAGCUGAAGUUCAGGGAGGAGCCGGGCUGCUGCGUGGCUGUGCACUGCGUGGCCGGCCUGGGGAGAGCUCCCGUUCUGGUGGCGCUCGCUUUGAUUGAAUGCGGGAUGAAAUAUGAAGAUGCUGUCCAGUUCAUUCGACAGAAGCGUCGGGGAGCGUUCAACAGCAAGCAGCUGUUCUACCUGGAGAAAUAUCGUCCAAAGAUGCGCCUGCGCUUCAAAGAUUCCAACGGCCAUCGCAAUAACUGCUGCAUCCAGUAGAGCCAACCCCCCCCUCUCCUCUUUAAUUCCACCUCGCUAGCUUAUAUCCUGGCAGGCUUGUUUUAUUUUUUUUAGUCAUUGUGUUGAAGUAUUAUUCUUGGGAAAAACCAUGCGCGGUGAAUUAACUGUCCCCCCUCCCCCCCUUCUCCGGGUUCAAAAUAUAGUGUCAAAAAAAAGCUAAACGAGUUGUGUGAACCGGGGGGGUCGUGUUUUCUCCUCAUAUGCCCGAAAAAAAAAGCUAAUUAUGAGGGGCAGCGCUGAGUCGUGUAUCAUUGUACGAUGUUGGAUUUUCUUUUCUGCAAACACAGCCCAAAGAGUUUUGAUUGGCCGGCGCGUUUACAUCGAAUGUGCGCAAGUAAAUAAAAUUGACCAAAUUAAUUACCCCGUUUAAAUUUCAAAGGGUUUAGAAAGAGGUAUGCCUUCCUUCAAAUCAGAUGGGUUCAUCCAUAAAUGCCUUACAAUCGAAGUGGAACAAAGGCACUGGAGGUGGGGGUCGCCCCGCCGCCGGCAUCUGGAAAGGUUUCAUUUUUCUACUCGGAACAAAAAAAAAAGAAGAAAUUGUUGCCUUUGUUUUGUGCAGGAAGUCUUACACUCACUUACGCCCUUUCAGUAACUAUUUUUUAAUAUGAAAUGCUUAACUGUUGCAAUAUUUGUCAAUUGAAAGUCUAGGACCUUUUGGUUUCUCUAUCAAACCUUCUGUUUACUAAUUAACUGCCAUGUCCAAAAUGUGAUAUUAUUUUUUUCUUUAUAUUUUCAUUUAAUUUUAUUACUUUUUUUGCUUCAAACUGGACUUCCAACGUCUGCGAUAUUUUGUAUGCCUUUUUAUUUGAUGUCCGUAACUUAAGACUUGGAUACUUGAUGAUUUUAUGUAUUUGAAAAUGUGUACUAUUAUUAUUAGGUUGGCUAUUUAUACUAUCAAUGGAUGUGUGAUUUAGUACCGUGAGCGACAAAGUUGUACCUGUUCACCAACUUGUGAGAGUACAUUAAAUGAUACACUGAAAAAAACCAACAGAA